CACGGCGGAGCAAAACAAAAAUCCCAAUGUUUCACUGCCCCAAGCUCGUUUCUGCAAAAAUUCUUCAUUGGUUCCAACUGGAAGGAUUGCAUGCAGUCCCUUAUCCAACUUGAAUUUUCAAUUGGAAGAUAGUGAAUGCAGAGCUCCAGACCAAUGGGCUUCAACAAACCAGAUAAAUAUACUCGGGGAGAGAAUGUGGUGAGCCACAGAAAUCAGUCAGUUGCAAGGGUUGAGAGACAUUUAGCUAAAGCUGAAGCAUUGUCUCAAGUGAACAAUUGUGGGCUGUUAUCUUCACAUUGCCAGUACAAUGCAUUGCUAUGUCUUGAUGCCCGGCAAUUUGUUCAGGAGUUUACGUUUUUAUCUCCAUCUAAAGAGCAUGGUGCUUCUUUGGAUAGUGGUAGAGUGGUUUCUGUUUUUGAUGGAUCCAACAUCAGUCCAAUGGAGGAAGCAUCUCUAGUUCUUCAUGGAACAAAUGAGGGCGAUAGCAAGGAGGACCUAGAUGAGGAAGAAAUAGUUAGCUGGCUACUCGAUUCAGUAAAAAAGGAAGAAAGUUGUCAUAAUGUCUGGUGUUCAGAAUGUGGUGAAUCUUCUUGUGAGAGUUCCUUAUAUGAUGGCUCCUCAACUUUUGAUAGUUCAUCUACAUCCUUCAGAACAAAUGAUGGUACACCUUCAUAUGUUCGAGAUAUCAAUUUCUCAGACUUAAGCUCUUUGUUUGAUCUUGAAAAGGAGGAUUCGGAGUUGUUACCUGAUACACAACAUAGAUAUGGUUUCUCUGAAGAUGCAGAACUUCCAAGUCCCUACAAAUCAGAUAGAACUCAGGAAUAUAGAACCCCCAUUUCUAGUUGUGAAACUCCCUGCAGAGCAGACAUUGAUGCAGAUGAUCCUCUCUACUGGCCAUUGGAUCAGAACUCAUACUGUUCUCCAGAGUUUGAUAAUUUUUUAUCCAUUUCACCUCCUAGAGGCACAAGCUACAUUGAAUUUUUGGGUACUAGUAAUUCGAAUUCAAGUAAAUGGAGAUUCCAGCAGAAAAGAGAUCACCCGAAAAGCAGUAAAAUCGACAAAGAAGGAUGUAGAAGAAGAAUCUCGUUUUCAUCGACACCAAUUUCAGGCAAUUUGAAGCGCGAAAAACAUUUAAGUUCCUCUGUCUCUGGUAUCAACAAGUCAAGUGACAAGUCAUCAGGAUUGACUAGAUCAUCGACUCGAGCAUUUCCUAAAUACUACCCUUCCACUAAAAACAUGAAGGAAAGGCAUCAUCAUAAGUUAAACAUCAACAAACGGCAUGAUAAUGCUGAUACAAUACAACCUUCACAGAAGCUUGAAGUUGGUGAUCAUUUUCAGGAUUUUAUAAUCGAUGGAGCUCCGAUUGAGAAACUGAUUGGAUUGAAUGAAUUCAUUGGUAAUGAAGGAAUAGAUUUUGACUUGGAUGAGGUUGAAUUCUCUCUAAUUUUAUCACCAUGAAAGCAUGUUUGCAUAAACAAUGUACCAUCAAUAUACAUGCAACAAGUAAAAGCAAAUGUAUGUCAUUUUCUAGCUAGUGUUGUAGUGAAAAGUUCUUGAAGCUUUUGCUUUUUAGUGCUUUGUAGUAUAUGUCUAGGUGCUCUUUCAUGUAACUGUGUAACUGUGUUACUUUUAAUUAAAUUUAGAGAGAUCCAAAGUAAA